AAACUACAAAAAAUUUAAAUUUUAUUUGAAUACUUAACUAAAAUAUAAUGCUGGCAUCACUACCCGCGCUCAACUGAAUUUUGUUGUCCAUUUAUAAGCAUCAAUUUGCGGUUGAAAUAUUUUGUUAUAGAUUUUUCUUUCGUCAUGUCUACAAAGUUAAAAAAAUGUCCUUAUGGUGAGCAGUGUUACAGGAAAAAUCCUAUUCAUUUCGGUGAAUUCUCCCAUCCUCAUUUGGACAAGAUAUAUUUAAAUGGUUUGGAUCCAGAAACAAAUAAUUACGUGAUUCCUGAUGAGCUUUUCAUGUCAGCUGAAUUAAUUGAGAUACAGUUAAAGCUGUUGGAGAAACUGUUUCCCAAGUCUGGCGACAUUACUGGAAGCAGCAGCACGUCGUCAAAAACAAAAGAAGUCGAUAAAAGUAGGGGUAGUGGUCGUCUGGAUGGUGGUAAUGCUGAAAAUCUGAAACGCAGCAACUCACCAAGUGCUGGCACUUCUGUUAAUAGUUCAGGUACAUCAUUCACCGAUGGAUCCAAACUUUCUAAAAAAGUCAAAAUAGCUCGUAAUAUAAAGGACUAUAUACCAGUCGUUUUAGAAAAAGGCCAUGCUGCGGAAAAACUAAAACGUGCUGCACCAUACAAUUUUUUCCUUACAGCAAUUACUGACUCCAAACGCACCCACAAUGAGCACUUUACAAUAACUUUACAAGAAAUCUUUGAUGAAAGUCUGGGCGAAGUCGAGUCCUCCGUACAAAUAAACUUUAUGGUAGAAAUCGGUUGGUUGCUCGGGCAUUAUUACUUCGCUGGCAUAAUGGGUACACCGUUACUUGUUCUGUACGGCGAUGAAACACCGGAACUAUCAAAUAUUUCAAAAACACAUCCGGAAGUUACAGCUGUUAAAGUUAAUAUGCCUACACCUUUUUCAACUUCACACGCCAAAGUCAUGCUCUUGGGAUAUACGGAUGGUAGUAUGCGUGUUGUAAUAUCUACUGCUAAUCUGUACGAAGAUGAUUGGCACAAUCGCACGCAAGGAAUUUGGAUAAGUCCCAAAUUGCCAGCGUUACCAUCUGACGCUGAUACCACGGCUGGAGAGAGCCCCACAAGUUUUCGCCAAGAUCUUAUGCUGUAUUUGGUAGAAUAUAAAAUAGCUAAGUUACAACCAUGGAUAGCGCGAAUUCGCAAAACGGAUUUCAGUUCCAUAAAUGUCUUUUUCAUCGGUUCAGCACCUGGUGGAUUCCGCGAAGGUUCGCGUGGUUAUCUCUGGGGUCAUCCACGUGUGGGAGAAUUACUAAAAAAGCAUAGCACAACAAUCGAUCCCAGAGUACCUAUGAUUUGUCAAAGCUCUAGCAUUGGUAAUCUCGGUCCAAAUAUACAAACUUGGAUACAACAUGAUUUUCUUAACAGUCUGCGAAAACAUUCCGGACCUCCGGAACUUACUCAUUUUCCACCAUUCAAAAUGAUUUAUCCCAGCUUCGGCAAUGUUAACAAUAGCCAUGAUGGUUUGCUAGGUGGUGGCUGCCUUCCAUAUGGCGCAAAUACUAAUGAUAAACAACCGUGGCUUCGCGGUCAUCUAUUUCAAUGGUGUUCGAGAGAACGCUUCCGUUCCCAAGCGAUGCCGCACAUAAAAUGUUAUACCAGAAUGAAUUUAGAAGACCAGUCAAUAUAUUGGUUUAUGUUAACCUCGGCAAAUUUAUCGAAAGCAGCAUGGGGUGCAUUCAAUAAAAAUGUCAAUAUUGCACCUUGCUUAAGAAUCAUGAACUAUGAAGCAGGUGUGCUCUUUCUGCCGAGAUUUGUGACCGGAGAAGAAACGUUUCCAUUAGGACAUGCACGUAAUGGUAUACCACCCUUCCCACUGCCUUACGAUGUACCCCUCACACCAUAUGCAGCAGACGAUAAACCAUUUUUAAUGGACUACCUGCGUUAAUUACAGCUGCAACCGUUAUUUGUUUUCUUUACAGAGCCCGAAAACAAUACUCAUUUACACAAUAUUAUAUGUACAUGCUAAAUUUUUUUUACAGUAAUUAUACUAACAAAUUAUACAGAUGCCAUCAGUUUAGCAGCUGGUUUUUCUUUUUUUUGUCUUGGUCAAAUGCAUCAUAAAACGAAUUAUUGGGCUGAUUUCUAAGCAAAAGAUACUUAUUAACACUGUCUCUGUUGUACAUUACAAGAAACGCAAUUUAAAUAAAACCAGUUGUUACUACAUUAAGUGUAUUUGCAUACAUGCAUACAUAGUAAGAUAAUGUGUUGAAUGUUGAUAAUGUAAGGCGGCAGUUGAACAAAGCUAAUUAAACAUUAACUUUAAUAAAUUUAACUAAUCCAUUUAAUUAAUUAAAAAAAAAAA